AGACCAAAAUGUUUUAUGUUGUAAAAAAUAAAUUUAUAUUAUUUUUCAAUACAUAUUUAAUACUUGAUUUGCUAUUUUAUAUUUAUUGAAUAAGUAUAAAUUGUUAAGCCUCCACCAGUAUACGGUGGAACCCCAGUUAAUGAACUUUUAUUUUGCAAAAAUUUUGUCUCGGAUAAUGAACAAAAUUCAGAUAACGAACUUAACGACUUUUUGGUCAAAUUUGUAAGCUUGCUUUCACAAACUUUCUGAACCACUUAUGGCAUGUGGAAUCAUCAAUGACUCCCUCACCAUACACAGAAUAUAUCUUUUUUUGUGUAUGCGAAGCAUUCUUGCCUUUUCGGAAAUAAGAAAGCAUAAUAUGUCGAAAAUGCUCCUUAUUUUCUGCCAUUUGUAAUGCUUAACAAAAUUUUAAAAAUAUAACUAAGUAACACAACUUUAUUCUCAAAUACUAGCUGAGAUCCCUUUUGUCAAACAACAUUGAAAUUUUACACAUGUGAAGGAAAUAACACUUCAGUGUUACGUUUUUAGCCAGCUGGUGCUAAAAACGGAAUGAACUUUUGCAUCAACCCAAUAGUUUCCAGCCGUUCAAGAACGGCUGGAAACCCAAUUCACAAAUUUCAGUUGCUCUUAGGCCUGUGUGAGGUAAGCAUUGCUUUUUUGAGUGUGCUAAACUUCGUUUUUUAGUUUUGUUAUUUAUACUGUAUAUUUAAUCAAUAUGGCACCAAAGAAAGAGAAAAGUGACAGUGGAAAUAGAAAACGUUUUAGUGUAGCAUUAAAGAAAGAAAUUAUUGCAAAAUAUGAGAAUGGCAUUCCUGUUUCUGACAUCGCUAAAGAAUAUAAUGUGGCAAAAUCAACUAUCUCUACAAUUAUUAAAAACAAAAAAGCGUUUAAGGCUGCCAAAGUGGCUAAAGGAGUGAAUGUGAUAUCAAAACAAACAUCUAAAGUUUUAGAUGAAGUUAAAAAACUGUUGCUAACAUGGAUCAAUGAAAAGCAACUUGCUGGAGAUAGUGCUAGUGAAGCUAUAAUUUGUGAAAAGGCUAAAAAUUUAUACAAUGACUUGUUAACCCUGACACCCAGUACAAGUGCAGGCAGGCAGGAUUUUAAAGCGAGCUGAGGGUGGUUUGAUAGGUUUUGUCGACGAACUGGCAUUCACAGUGUCAUAAGACAUGGGGAGGCUUCAAGUUCAGAUGAAAAAGCAGAAAAAGCAUUUGUAGAUGAAUUCGCAGAGUUUGUAAAAAGUGAAGGAUACAUCUGGAAUCAAGUGUUUAAUUGCGAUGAGACCGGUCUUUUUUGGAAAAGAAUGCCUAGACGAACGUACAUAAUCCAAGAAGAGAAAGCACUUCCCAGGCACAAGCUCAUGAAGGACAGACUCGCUCUUUUAUUUUGUGCUAAUGCAAGUGGUGACCUCAAAAUCAAGCCACUUUUAGUCUACAAUGCUGAAAAUCCCCGUGCCUUUAAGAGCAAAAAUGUGAUGAAGUCCAAAUUGCCUAUAGAAUGGAAGGCAAAUAGUAAGGCAUGGGUAACUUGGACUUUAUUCAUGGAUUGGCUCACAGAAGUGUUUGCUCCUACUGUUAAAAGUUAUCUUUAGGAAAUGGAUCUUCCUCUUACAUGUCUUCUCUUAAUGGAUAAUGUUCCAGCACAUCUACCAAAUUUGGCAGACGACUGGAUAGUGAACAUGACUUCAUCAAGGUCAAAUUCCUUUCACCCAACACAACUCCAUUACUGAAACCAAUGGAUCAGCAAGUGAUUUCCAAUUUUAAAAAGCUGUAUUCCAAGGCACUGUUUACCAUGUGUUUUCAGGUUACCAAUGAUACUGACUUAACUCUUAGAGCUUUUUGGAAGGAGCAUUUUAACAUCCUGCAUUGUAUCAACCUUAUUGACAAAGC